CGACUGACGGGACGAGUGUUGCGCCCGAAAGGACUCUUCACCGCAUUGAUCGCCGCCGACUUCAUCAGAACCGACUYCAUCUACAGUCGGACCGCAAGACCGCAAACACCAAACCAUAAGAACUGAAGAAAACCAAAGACAUUGUCAUUGACUCCGCGAAGGAUGAACUCAUCUUCGGUGUCGUCGUUCGAGACGACGGAAUACCCGACUUCGGUGUCGUCGUCGUCGUCCGAGACGACGGAAAUAGCCGUUCAAGCAGUUGUGGCCGCCGUUGGAGUUUUGUUAUCUGUUUUGACAAUUGUUGGGAAUGUUUUGGUUUUGAUAGCCUUUAAGACAGAUAAAGCUCUUCAAACGGCUCCCAACUGUUUCCUCCUUUCCCUGGCCUGUGCAGACUUCCUCAUUGGUCUGGUUUCGAUGCCAUUAUCUCUGGUCUAUAUCUUGGCCGCCGAGUGGCCGUUGGGUCCGUUGUUAUGCGACGUGUGGUUAGCCGUCGAUUAUCUCAAUUCCAACGCUUCGGUUCUCAAUCUUCUUCUCAUUUCAUUCGAUCGCUAUUUCUCAGUCACGCGACCGCUCACWUACCGCGCCCGAAGAACAACUCGUCGUGCAUGUGCUCUGAUCGCCGCCGCAUGGCUCGUGUCGGCUCUGCUUUGGCCGCCGUGGAUCUUCGCGUGGCCGGCAAUCGAAGGUCGUCGAACUGUUCCACGUGACCAGUGUUACAUUCCGUUUCUCGAGUCGAACGCCGUGGUGACCGUGGCGACGGCUUUAGUGGCGUUUUGGCUUCCGGUUUCUCUCAUGUGUUUUCUCUAUUUCCGCAUUUGGAGAGAAACCGAAAACCGAUUCCGCGAUUUGGCUCUUGUCCUGACUCCGCCCCCCUCAAGACCCGUCGCCUCCUGUUUCGGCCGAAAGACGGUUCCGCCCCCUUCCGACUCCAUCUACACGAUUGUCAUUCAUUUGGACGCCGCGUCUGAUGGAAACGCGACGGUAACCAUGUUGGGAUCGGAAGACGAAGAACGCCCGCAGAGCUGUUCGCGUUUGCCUGCUUUGCAGCCGAAGAGCGAGCGAAAGGCGGCCAAAACGUUGUCAGCGAUUUUGGCGGCUUUUGUGGUGACGUGGACGCCGUACAACGUGUUGGUGUUGAUAAAGACGUUUUCGCCGACUUCCGUGGAUUCGGACGGCGUUUGGUGGCAAUUCGCUUACUCUCUUUGUUACAUCAAUUCCACUCUAAAUCCGCUUCUUUACGCGCUCUGCAACCGAUCGUUUCGCAACACUUAUGUCCGAAUCCUAACGUGUAGAACAAGAACUACGAGACGCACAACACAUACGAUGGGACGACACGCGGACGACGCACUCAAAUGAAGACGACGUCCGCAUCGCCAAACAGCGCUCCAAACUCCGCCUUCGACAGUCGCACGUAUCCCGACGGCGCCACGUGGUCGCGUGGGGCAAAGUACGCGUGGAACACGUUUUCGGUGGCGUUAUGCGCGUCCGCGCGGACGAACGCGUGUUCUCUGCGGACAAACAGUGAUUAAUAAACACUUUUUGCAAAACUUUGUUCUUUUAUUACUCGUUUGUCGUUUCGGA